AUGGGGAAAUUGAUCAGGAUGGGGACACAGGAAAGGCGGUCACUCUGGCCAAAGCGGCUUCAUUGGAGCCGCCCCCUCUUCCUAUUGGGAAUGUUGAUCAUAGGUUCCACCUACCAGUACCUGACGAGCCCACAGGGCCUCCCCACACUGUGGGCAGCAGUCUCUUCCCAACACCCUGUAAAAGUAGCCAGCCGGGACCUUUCCAACAAGGAGAUGAUGAUGGUGAGCAGUGAGACUUCAAAAUCUAGCUCUGAAAUGGAGGUUGAGGCAUGGGCACCUGAAGCCACAGCAGGCAGAGAUGGAACAACACCUGGCAUAGCAAUGAAGAACACCCCCAGUACACCUAGAAGAACAGCCAGCAUCACUCCAACGAUACCCAAGAAUAACUACAGCCCAACACCAAAAGGCACAGGAAAAGUUAAGGAAGACACCUCAGCCACACCCAGCGGAGAACUGAAUCACUACACUCGAAGCAGACCAAUGGUAAAUAGUUAUACCCCCGUGACACCCAGGGGAGAAGUAAAGAGCUCCCGCCCAACUCAAUCCAGGGGAAAGGUGGAGAAAUACUCCCCAUCCCCACUUGGUAGAAUGGUAAACAGUUAUGCCCCAUCUACACUCGUGACAAUGCCAAGGAGCCAUGGGAUCACCCCCAGAACAACAGUGAAAGACAGUGAAAUUAUGGCAACCAAGAAAACGCUGGCGACCAACCCCUCCAAGAGACUAGUGGAGAAAACCACCCCAGCUCCUCUCAAGGAAAUAAGUAACACCCCAACCUUCCUGUUAAGUGACUUAGACACCUUGACUUCUCCAAGAAAUGUGGUAGAAAAGAAGACCCUAACUACCCCCAGAAGAGUGGACAGUAAUAUCUCAACCAACCCCCAGGAGUUGGUGGGGAAAAACAAUCGGACAACACCCCAAGGAGUGGUCCUGGAGCACACUGCGGCCGUCUCUGAGGGGCAAGUGACAAUAACCACCAUGACACGCAGCAGCCCAGCAGAAACCAAAGCUUCUACUGAUGCUUGGACAGUCAGGAAUCCCUUGUCCAGAACCAGUGCACCGACCAUCAGAAUAUCCUCAACCACCUUCAGGGGGCUUUUGAAGAACCCUUCCAAAGCACCCAGCACCCCAGCAACUCCCAGAGUCAGGGCAAAUCUGACCGUUCAGGUCCGCCACUGCCUGGUGGUGGAGCCAGCCCCAGUUGCACCCACUGCCCCCUCCCCUAGUUGGACAACAGCUGCGAUCCCAGAGAUUCCUAGUCCCUCAGGACAGCCAGACCUGCACCCCAAGGCAGAGUACCCCCGAGACCUGUUCAGUGUGGAGGAGCGGAGGCAGGGCUGGGUGGUCCUGCACAUCUUUGGCAUGAUGUAUGUGUUUGUAGCCUUGGCCAUCGUUUGUGACGAGUACUUUGUCCCUGCCCUGGGCGUCAUCACAGACAAGCUGCAGAUCUCUGAGGAUGUGGCAGGCGCUACAUUCAUGGCUGCUGGAGGCUCUGCCCCCGAGCUCUUCACCUCCCUCAUCGGCGUCUUCAUCUCCCAUAGCAAUGUGGGCAUCGGCACCAUAGUGGGCUCUGCGGUGUUCAACAUCCUCUUUGUCAUUGGCACUUGUGCCCUCUUCUCCCGGGAGAUCCUCAACCUCACCUGGUGGCCCUUGUUCCGUGACAUCACCUUCUACAUCUUUGACCUAAUGAUGCUCAUCCUCUUCUUCCUGGAUAGCCUUAUUGCAUGGUGGGAGAGUGUGCUACUGCUGCUGGCUUAUGCCUUCUAUGUGUUCACCAUGAAGUGGAACAAACAGCUCGAGCUCUGGGUGAAGGAGCGGCUCAACAGGAGGCCAGUGGCCAAGGUCAUGGCCCUAGGGGACCUCAGCAAGCUGGGCGAUGGGACAGUUGUGGUGGAUGAGCAGCAGGAUAACAAGAAGCUGAAGCUUUCGUCCAUGCUGACCCGAGGGAGCAGCUCGGCCUCUCUGCACAACAGCACCAUCCGCAGCACCAUCUACCAGCUCAUGCUCCACAGCCUGGACCCUCUGGGGGAAGCCCGGCCCUCCAGGGACAAGGAGGAGGAGACCUUGAUUCAGGAGGCAAAAGCCACGCCUCAGGCCAAAGCAGAGAGCAGACCAGAAGAGGAGGAGCCGGCCAAGCUCCCUGCGGUCACGGUCACACCAGCCCCUGCUCCAUGCGUCAAGGGAGAUCAGGAGGAGGAUCCUGGCAGUCAGGGAGUAGGGGCUGAAGCUGAGAGCACAGGUGAAAGGACAGGUGGCAAGGCGGCAGCUCCUGCUGAAGGUGAAAGUGGAGAGCAAAGCGGAGGCGACGCUGCCUUAGAAGGUGAAAGUGACGGAAGAGGAGAGAAUGAAAGUGAAGGUGACAUCCUGGCAGAAAGGAGAGGAGGUGAUGAAGAUGAAGGUGAAAUCCAGGCAGGAGAAGGUGGUGAAGUGGAAGGUGAUGAUGGUGAAGUGGAAGGUGAUGAUGGUGAAGUGGAAGGUGAUGAAGAUGAAGGUGAAAUCCAGGCAGGAGAAGGUGGUGAAGGUGAAACUGGAGAACCGGAAUUGAAUGGUGAAAUUCAAGGUGAAGCCAAAGAUGACGAGGAAGGUGUAGAUGGUGAAGGGGGAGGUGAUGGAGGUGACAAUGAAGAUGAAGAGGAAGAUGAAGAAGAGGAAGAGGAAGAGGAGGAGGAGGAAGAGGAGGAAAACGAGCAGCCUUUGUCCCUGGAAUGGCCUGAGACCAGGCGGAAGCAAGCCAUUUACCUCUUUCUCCUGCCCAUUGUGUUCCCGCUGUGGCUGACGGUUCCCGACGUCCGGAGGCUGGAGGCUAAGAAGUUUUUUGUUCUCACCUUCCUGGGAUCCAUCCUGUGGAUAGCCAUGUUCUCAUACCUCAUGGUUUGGUGGGCUCACCAGGUUGGCGAAACAAUAGGGAUUUCUGAAGAGAUCAUGGGUUUGACAAUCCUAGCAGCAGGCACAUCAAUUCCUGACCUCAUCACCAGUGUGAUUGUCGCUCGGAAAGGCCUGGGAGACAUGGCUGUGUCAAGCUCCGUGGGCAGUAACAUAUUUGAUAUCACCGUGGGCCUGCCCCUUCCUUGGAUGCUUUUCUCUCUCAUCAAUGGAUUGCAGCCUGUUGCUGUCAGUAGCAACGGCUUGUUCUGUGCAAUUGUUUUGCUUUUUCUCAUGCUCCUGUUUGUGAUCUCUUCAAUUGCAUUAUGCAAGUGGAGAAUGAACAAGGUCCUGGGCUUCACCAUGUUCCUCCUGUACUUCGUAUUCCUGAUCAUCAGUGUGAUGCUGGAAGAUCGAAUCAUAUCCUGCCCUGUAUCUGUCUGA